AUGUCUUCCGUAGUUAAACUUGAACCCUUAUCAGGUGUCAAGGAUGAAGGACCACUAUGUUAUUUAUUACAGAUAGAAGAAACUUAUUUAUUAUUGGAUUGUGGUUGGGACGAUAAAUUUGACAUGGCUUACAUAGAAUCUAUAAAAUCUCGCGCAUCUCAGAUUUCUGCUGUGCUGAUUACACAUCCUGAUCAGCCUCAUUUAGGCGCUUUAGCGUAUCUUGUUAAAUACUGUGAUUUAACGGCACCGAUUUAUUGCACGGUUCCUGUAUAUAAAAUGGGCAUGAUGUUCAUGUAUGACUGGAUUAAUAGUCUCAUCAGCGUUGAAAAUUUUGAGUUAUUCACACUUGAUGAUGUGGAUGUGGCAUUUGACAGAAUACAGAAGCUGAAAUUCAACCAAACAGUGCCACUUCGAGGUGAUAGCCAGAUUAAAAUCACUGCUCUGCCAGCUGGACAUAUGAUCGGUGGUGCUAUGUGGCGAAUUACUCGGCACGAUGAGGAGGACAUUAUUUAUGCAGUAGACUAUAAUCACAAAAAAGAACGUCAUCUGAAUGGAUGCUCUUUUGACACUAUUUUGAGACCCUAUCUGUUGAUCACGGACUCUUUGAAUGCCCUCUACACACAGCCUAGGAGAAAAGAGCGAGAUGAACAAUUAGUCACUACCAUUUUGAAAACAGUACGCCAGAAUGGCGACUGCGCCAUAGUGAUAGAUACAGGAGGUCGUGUGCUGGAGAUUGCUCACCUACUUGGAUCAACUAUGGGCAAAUACGCAAUCCGGUCUGCAGAAGUACAAUCUAGUAAUGAUGAGUCAUGUUGCCGCGUCUGUAGUCGAAUUCGCAAAAUCUCAAGUGGAAUGGAUGUCAGACAAGGUUUUGAAGUAUGGGUUUUACUUGAGAACCUUGAACCCCAGGUGGAACAGAAGCUAAACCUUACUCACCCUCAGGGCUGGGAACGUUAG